CUGUGAGAGCUCGCACAGCUGCAACACACUCCAAUGUUGCUAUUUUUAUCAACCUCAGCUUAGUGCACUCAGACACACACACACACAGAGCACUCACAUUUACGGUACCAUACGCUGCUCACCCAGGAUCUCAGAAGACAUGUGCCGUCCUGCUCAAACUACAAAGUGUUAACUCUAUCCUGCAAACACACACUCUCUCUUACACACACACACACAGCCUCCCCCCCAGAGCGACAGAGCGCCGGCACAGACGAGCAGUCGGACCGCCUGGACGACCCCGAGGAAAGAGGACUGAGGUGAGGAGCUCUGCUCAGAGACAGGUCAGCUACGGACAGAGCAGGAGCCAGAGAAUGUGUUACUUCAGCAGGAACGCUGCCCUUCACAGCCCCGGCACACUGAGGUCUGCAGGCAGGACACAGCACUGAUCAGGAGGAACCAGGAGGAACCAGGAGGGACCAGGAGGAACCAGGAGGGACCAGGAGGAACCAGGAGGAACCAGGAGGGACCAGGAGGAACCAGGAGGAUCUUCUGUCAUCUUGUGAGGAAGGGCAAGAGCGGAGAACUCUUUCUCCCGCGAUCACAACUCCCUCCACACUUCUGGAAGCAGAUGGAGGGUCAGCAGCACUGAGGCAGUGGGUGCCAGGGUCUAGGUGGCCCCAGGGUCGGUCUAGGUGGCCCCAGGGUCGGUCUAGGUGGCCCCAGGGUCGGUCUAGGUGGCCCCAGGGUCGGUCUAGGUGGCCCCAGAGAGACAUCCCAGGCAUGUGGCCUCCUGCCUGUCCUCGGAACGCCCAGCUGGGCAGAGUGGGGUGUGUGGCCCUGCCCAGCAUCUUGCUCGUCUUGCUGAGGGUAGCAGGCGCAGCCAGAAGCUGUCCCUCCCUCUGCACCUGCUCCGGAAACAUCACCGACUGCUCUGGGCUGGGCCUGCUCUACCUCACCCCCCUUCAGCCUCUCCUCCCCUCCGACACCCUCGUCCUCCGACUACCUCACAACAACCUCUCCUCACUGGGCUCUGGGGACUUGGGCAACUUGCCCCUCCUGGAGGUCCUGGAUCUGUCCAACAACCAGCUCAGCAGCCUCCUCCCCGGAGCCUUCUCAGGGCUGAGCUCCCUGCAGUGGCUCAACCUGUCGGGGAACUUCCUGGGUCCCCUCCGUCUGCCGGCGGAGCGCAGGAACCUGACGAAGCCUCAGGAGGGCGGGGCCCCACGGGGGCUGAGCGCAGAGCUGUUCCAGGGCCUGCUGCAGCUCAAAGGCCUGGACCUGUCCUACAACAGCCUACUGGCCCUGCCUGGGAGCCUGCUGGAGGGGCUCCAGGGCCUGGUCUGGCUGUCACUGGCCAGGAACAGGCUGCGGGCCCUGGAUAGGGCCUCCUUCGAGCCCCUGGAGAGCCUGCAGCAGCUCCAGCUGGAGGGGAACCCCUGGGAGUGUGACUGCAAGCUGAGGGACUUCAAGCACUGGAUGGAGUGGAUGCUGUACAGGGACGGCCAAGUGGACGAGGUCAGGUGCAGCCUCCCCAGGGAGCUGAAGGGGCGGGACAUCCGCAGCGUUCCUGUGGAGAUGUUCAACUACUGCCUCCAGCAGGAGCCCCCGGCCAAGGGCCCCGUCUACGGCCCCCUGGACCCCCGGGGCAGCCGGCCCCCCUGCCUCGGCCGGGCCAACGUCGCCAACCAGGCCGGAGGCGGAGAGGACUGCUCCCGGCAGCGUCAGCGGCCGGCCAGCGUGCGGCGUGCGGAAGCCACUCAGAUCGUGGCGGGGGUGGUGUGUGGGGUGGUGUGUGUGAUGAUGGUGGUAGCAGCCACCUACGGCUGCAUCUACGCCUUGCUCAUGGCCAAGUACCAACGAGAGCUGAAGAACCGCGGGCAGCCUCUGAUGGAGGAGGCCGGGGCCGACAACGACCCCGAGGACGCCACGGACUCCUCCCAGGGAUCGCCCGAGGAGCCCAAAGAGGCCAGCGGGGUCGUCCACGGAUACCGAAUCAGCAGCUUUUAACCCAAGCCUGCUUCUGGGACUACAAUUCCCCACGCUGAGAAUUCUGGGUGAUUGAGUUUCCCCCGGCUGCCUCUCUCUUCAGGGUGGUUCUAGGGGAGGGAGUGUGUUUGGAGCAAGAGGGUUUCUGCUGUGCCCGAGUGUCCAGCAGCCGGGGCGGAGGUGGAAGACAGGAAGUCAUCUAUUGCUGCAACAGGAACCCUGCAGUUCUUCCGACUGCGUCUAAGUGUUCCCUGUAAGCCACGCUCAGCUCCACAGCGUUCUACAGACGACACACUAAGACACCUUCCUUUAUACAUCUUACUUUUAUCGUUUGUGUUUGUUUGUGAUCUGGCCAACUUUGUGUUUGAGGCUAAAUCUUAACCUUAACAAGCCCAAGUCAUUAUGACCGGGAACCACACCUGACUGUGCUGUGUUCCUCUCCUAUUUUAGCCUAAACUGUCUGUAUUUUCAUAUCAUGUGUUAUUUAAAGUACUGAACCAACUGCUGUUCCUCUGACUCAGAGUCAAAUCAAAAUAAACCAACAGUCAAUCAUAAACGUGCUAAGAAAUUUAACAGAAUAGUAUUGUGUUGUUGGUUCAAACCCUAAAAGUUUAAACAUUUUCAAACCUGCAGACGUAUUCUCAUAGACAUUUACUGUAGUAGCCUGUAGUAAGUGUGGUAAGAGUAUACUGCACUCACCACUCAAAGCAGACUUUAGAAUGAUACUGCCCUCUAGAGGACAACAGCAGUACAGCAGCAGCUGAUAUGCAGUCAAGUAACCCCUGGACGAGGCCUAGUCACACCUAAACAGCAUACUCCACAUGGGAAUGUGUUUAGGAGAUAAUCCUCUGCCCAAAUCUGCAUCAUAAUCCAGUGCAGCAGGGGAGAAGGUGUGUUAUCAC